GGGACUUGGAUGCUCAUGAGCAACGGUGCUAUAAUAGAUGACGUCACUGACGUCUUCCUGGACCCCUAUGUUCUUCUCUGUGUGGUAGGGGGGAUAAUCUUCCUUGUGACCUUCUUCGGAUGUGUAGGCGCCCUCCGUGAGAAUAUCUGCUUGCUGAAAUUGGUAAAUACAUCGUAACUAAUUAAAUGUUUGUUUUCUAAAACUGAUCAAUCUACUAAAGAUUUGCUAGUAAGCCUUGUAAGUAAACCAUAUAUAAAUGCGUGCAAAACUGAUAGAAAUGUAAUUAUUUUUUCCCGUAAAGACAAAUAUUUGUGCUGAGUUUUAUGACAGUUUACUUUUUAAACCAUACAUCGGGGAGAAUAGGAAUUUAAAAAAAACAACAACACCCCUAAAUGUCAAGUUCUCCCUUUUUUGUGUGUUUCUUUUGUAUCGUUAAUUUUAAGCCUCACGUCAAAAGGCUAGUUUGAACUAAAUAAUUUGCUAACACACUGAAAUCAGACUCGUACAUACCAGAAAUACUUAUUUCUCAAUUAGAUUUUAUGGUUCAUUCAAAAUGGCACAUUUCUAUAAAUAACCCUCAAAACAAUUCCGCCCCCCCCCCUUUUUUUUCAACCAACUUUUGAUGUUCUAGUUCCACAUCUCGCUGACCACAGUGUUGGUUCUUGAAGGACUUCUGGGAACUCUUGUGUUUCUCUUCUACACGAUGCCAGAGUUCCGGCAAGCUGUAAAAGUUGGACCGGAGGAGAUCUUGAAGAAGGCUGUCAAGCAGUACUUUGAUGACGACGGCAUGAAGAACUGGAUCGACACCGUGCAGAGAGAGGUUCGUGGUCCACGGGGAAACAAAACAUUUAAUUGCAUUCAAUGCAUUAAUGGAUCAGAUUAGGGGUGUGUUACGGGUGUGUUGAGGGCAGGGAGUCACGUGUUUGUGGCGAUGUGUAACAUACUGUAACAAGCACGUCUUCAGUUUGUGUGACGAUUUAGGAACGAUGGUUGGGCGAGGGGUGUCCAAAAAAUGUGCACAGCUAUCGUAUUGUCGUUUAUGGAUAGCCUCAUUGGAUGAACUGCUCUUUAGUUGAACUGCUCAUAAGAUGAACUGCUCAUUAGUUGAACUGCUCAUAAGUUGAACUGAUCUCCAUUUCAACUGCUUAUUAGUUGAACCGCUCCGCGUAGUUGAACUGCUUAUUAGUUGAACUGCUCAUUAGUUGAAUUGCUUUCUGUUUGAGCUGCUUAGUAGUUGAACCACUCUCUAGUUGAACUGCUCAUUAGUCGAACUGAUCUCUAGUUGAACUGCUCAGUAGUUGAACUGCUCUCUAGUUGAACUGCUCAUUAGUCGAACUGAUCUCUAGUUGAACUGCUCAUUAGUCGAACUGCUCUCUAGUUUUACUGCACCCUAGUUGAACUGCUCAUGUGUCAACUAAAACUAUAAGUUCAAUACAAGUGACACAAACGGAGCAUCUUGUUCCAAGCACAAUGACGGUGUGUGACGUCAUGGGAAAGGUCGCUGCUUAUUGCAAGGAAAAGAAACAACAGAUCCGACUCAAUGCCUUUGAAUCUUUGAUAGCUACAGUACAAUGUGGCUAAACAAUGUGGCUAAACAAUGUGGCUAAACAAUGUGGCUAAACAAUGUGGCUAAACAAUGUGGCUAAAUAAUGUGGCUAAACAAUCUGGCUAAACAAUGUGGCUAAACAAUGUGGCUAAACAAUGUGGCUAAACAAUGUGGCUAAACAAUGUGGCUAAACAAUGUGGCUAAACAAUGUGGCUAAACAAUGUGGCUAAACAAUGUGGCUAAACAAUGUGGCUAAACAAUGUGGCUAAACAAUGUGGCUAAACAAUGUGGCUAAACAAUGUGGCUAAACAAUGUGGCUAAACAAUGUGGCUAAACAAUGUGGCUAAACAAUGUGGCUAAACAGUGUGGCUAAACAGUGUGGCUAAACAAUCUGGCUAAACAGUGUGGCUAAACAGUGUGGCUAAACAAUCUGGCUAAACAAUCUGGCUAAACAAUGUGGCUAAACAAAGUGGCUAAACAAUACGGCUAAACAAUGUGGCUAAACAAUGUGGCUAAACAAUGUGGCUAAACAAUGUGGCUAAACAAUACGGCUAAACAAUACGGCUCAACAGUGUGGCUAAACAAUAUGGCCGAACAAUGUGGCUAAACAAUGUGGCUAAACAAUGUGGCUAAACAAUGUGGCUAAAUAAUGUGGCUAAACAAUCUGGCUAAACAAUGAGGCUAAACAAUGUGGCUAAACAAUGUGGCUGAACAAUGUGGCUGAGCAAUGUGGCUAAACAAUGUGGCCAGAUAAUUUGGCUAAACCAUGUGGCCAAACAAUGUGGCAAAAUUUUCAUCGUCUUAAAACAUUUGAGCCACUCCGUAAAAUAAGAAAUAAUAUAUUUAUAUUUAAUUGUCACAGUUAUGCAGCAUCCCUUAGCAAGGGCGUAUCACUUAUGCAGGGGGGUCAUCACUUAGUCCGGCGUAUCACUAAGUCAGGGCGUGUCACUAAGUCAGGGCGUGUCACUAAGUCAGGGCGUGUCACUAAGUCAGGGCGAAUCCCUUAGUCAAGGAUAUCACUUAGUCAGGGCGUGUCACUAAGUCAGGGCGUAUCACUUAGUCAGGGCGUAUCGUUUUGUCAUGGCGUAUCACUUUGUUAGGGUGUAUUACUUAAUCAGGGCAUAUCACUUAGUCAGGGCGUAUCCCUUAGUCAGGGCGUAUCACUUAGUCAGGGCGUACCACUUAGUCAGGGCGUACCACUUAGUCAGGGCGUAUCACUUAGUCAGGGCGUACCACUUAGUCAGGGCGUACCACUUAGUCAGGGCGUAUCACUUAAUCAGAUCGUAUCACUUAGUCAGAUCGCAUCACUUAGUCAGGGCGUAUCACUCAGUCAGGGCGUAUCACUUAGUCAGGGCGUAUCACUUAGUCAGGGCGUAUCACUUAGUCAGGGCGUAUCACUUAGUCAGGGCGUUAAAACUGUAAACAUUUUUCCAUAACGUAUUCCAGUCUCUCUCGUCACUUUCAGUUCCAGUGUUGCGGAGUAAGCAUGAGUAACAAAGGUUACUUGGACUGGCAGGACAACAUCUACUUCAACUGUUCAGAUUCGAACCCCAGCGUCCACAGGUGCUCGGUGCCUAUCUCGUGUUGCAUAUUUGAACCGGUAGGACCAACGGUUUCUGUGUGGACUGUACACUUUACAUUUUUGUUGUCCUUACAAACAUUUUAAAAUGUGGCAUAGAAAGCCAUCCGUUUUUUAAAGGCUUACCUGUUCAUUCAAAUCAGUAAGAGAUUUUUAAUUGAUGUUUAAACAGUAAUCUAUUCAAGCACGGUUCCAUCGUUCUCGUGCGCACAACCAUGUUGUUUUGUUUUUUUUUAAAUUGUCAACGGUUUUAAUAGUCAUUAAGGUGAGCUCACAGUUCAUGAAGAUGGCAGUCACCGUCUCAAAAGAGUUUAACCAAAUCUUUGUUUUGACCACAGGGUGACCAUAUCAACUUCUGGUGUGGCGUGGGCAUAAUGAAAGAGACGGUA